GAAAAAAAAAAAAGGUGGGUGAACAUGCGCACGGCAGCACGCUAUCAUCACAUUUGUUUAUCGGUUCGGGGAGCUUGGUAGCUGACGAAAAUGGCUCGAGAUGCUAAAGUUGAGCUUAAAAAGCAAGUGACUUUACUGCAAGGAGUAGGUAUAAUCGUGGGUAUUAUAAUAGGAUCGGGAAUAUUUGUAUCUCCCGUAGGCAUUUUACAAAAUGUGAAAUCAGUUGGUCUUAGUCUUUUAAUGUGGGCAAUAUGCGGACUGUACAACAUGCUUUGUGCCCUGUGCUAUGCAGAGUUAGGAGCUUCUAUACCCGAAUCCGGAGGCGAAUACAUCUAUAUUAAAAGAGCCUUCGGAGAUUUUGCGGGAUUCGUAUGUCUUUGGAUAAAUUUUCUGCUAGUGUGUCCCGUUGGUAUUGCUGCUGCUUCCCUAAUAUUUACAACAUACUUGCUCAAACCAAUUUUCUCCGAUUGUGAUAUUCCAGAGAGUGGACUCCGAUUGAUAUCAGCAUUAGUUGUCAUGCUCCUUAUUAUGCUAAACUGCAUAAAUGUGAAAUUAGUGACAAGGCUACAACUUAUCAUCACAUUCAGCAAGAUCAUAGCUUUAUUAAUCAUAAUUGUCAUUGGAUUUUAUUGGAUUGGCACCGGCAAUAAUGAAAACCUCAAAAACACAUUUACUGGAACGGACUAUCGAAUUGGUCCAAUUGCAUUAUCAUUUUAUUCUGGUUUUUGGGCUUAUAGUGGUUGGAGUUACUUGAAUUUUCUUACUGGUGAAUUAGUCAACCCAAAUAGAAACCUCCCAUUGGCGAUCCUCAUCUCAAUGUCUCUCGUCAUUACUGUCUAUCUCAUUGCAAAUGUUGCUUAUCUCGGAGUUUUGUCGCCUUUUGAAAUGCUCAAGUCUACUGCUGUAGCUGUUACAUUUGCUGAACAAACACUUGGGCCUGCUUCUUGGGUAAUGCCAAUUCUAAUAGCUAUAUCUGUUAUUGGAAUGAUAAAUGGAACUUCAUUGUCAAUGUCAAGGUUAUUCUUUGUGGGAGCCCAGAAUAACCACAUGCCAAAAAUCAUUUCCAUGAUUACAAGGAAAAAUUUAACACCAGCACCUUCCCUUCUUAUAAUUCUUCUUUUAUCUUUGUCAUAUCAACAAUCUGGUGACAUUUUCUUCCUAAUUGAAAUGGAAGGCUUUGGUUUUGCAACAGUGCUUGUUAUGGUAUUUGCUGGCCAAGUAUAUCUCAGAAGAAAAGAACCCAAACUUCUUCGCCCAAUUAAGGUGCCUGUGGCCUUACCCAUAAUUUUGUUCUUUGUGAGUCUGAUAAUUGUAGCAUUAACAUUUUAUGAAAAACCAUAUGAGAGCCUUUUCGCCACUGGAGUUGUUGCUGUUGGUUGUCUCAUAUAUUUAUUCUGUGUGAGAUGGAAGAAUAAACCUUUGAAAAUGAGGACUAUAUUAUAUAAAAUCACAUGUGUUUUGCAGAAGACACUAGAUGUAGUUGAGGUUGAUGUUGAUGAGGAAUUGAAUUGGGAUUAGAAAUGUGAAAGUAUCAUCAGAAUUGAAAGACCUCAAUGCACCAGAUCAGAAAAUAAGAAGAGCACUUUCUGACUGUUAUCUUUGGAUCCUGUAUAGGUUCUGUCUCUAGUCAUUUAGUGGUUACCACAUAUAACUAUAUAUAUAUACAUACAUAUAUAUACAUAUAUAUAUAUAUAUAGCAUGUAUGAUUAUGAUCAAAGACUUUAUAGGAAGCUAUAUAUUUCUUGAGAUAUUACUUUUCACAAAUAUUUUGUGCCUCUCACGAAAGCUGGAAUGUUUGAUUCAUUAAAAUUUACCUGUUUUUCUAAAUUCUUCUGUGUUAUUAUUUUUUUAAUUAUACAGUUGAGGCCUUGCAUAAUAGCAUUUUUCUAUAAUAUUUUUAUAACGUGGACACAUGUGCAUAUGCACACACACACACAUUUUGAGUGAGUUUAGCCAUCAACCAAAACUGAAAGCAUGAAAUAACACAAAAUUAACAAUAUUAUAUAUAUAUAUAUAUAUAUAUAUAUAUAUAUAUAUAUAUAUAUAUAUGCAUAUGUGUGUGUACAUGUAUCAUCAGCAUUUAACUUCUGUUUUCCAGACUGUCAUGGAUUGGAUGGCAUGACAGAAACUGGCAAGACAGAGGCUGCACCAGGCACCAUGAUCUGUUGUGGCAUGGUGUCUACAGGUGGAUGCCCUUCCUAAUGCCAACCACUUUAUAGAGUGUACUGGGUGCCUUAUGUGGCACCUUGGUUUUAGGAUCUCAAUUCUGUUGUGGUGGUAGGUCUUCUCAAUGUGCCACAUAUCUUGGUCUUCUGUAAUCUCCUUUGUACAGCAUUUUGAGACCAUCCUUCACUACUUUUCCCUGUGUCUUCCAGGGACCCCUUUCCCACAAUUUCCCUCCAAUUUAAGUGAUCAGCACUUCUUUAUGCAAAUGUCCUCAUCCAUCUGCAUCACAUGACAAAACCAGUGCAGUCCCCCCUCCCUUGCACAUUGCAUCUAAUUCCUCAUAUGUCCAACUCCUCUCUCGAUACACCAAUGCUCUGUUGCACAUCCAGCAGAGCAUACCAGCUUUAUUCCUCUCCAGUCUUUGCAGGUCUUCUGCAUUCAGGGUCCACACAUCACUACCAUGCAGUAUUACAGUUCAUACACAUGCAUCAUACAAUUUUCCCUCCAUUUGGAAAGAGAGACCUUUGGUUGACAACAGAGUAAAAGCUCUCUCAACUCACUCCAUCCUAUUCUUAUUCUAAGAAUUACACUUUCUGUGCAGCCUCCUCCACUGCUAAUUAGGUGUGAGUGUUGAAUUGUUGGUAAAUAAUCAGAGAACAACCUGGGAUUAAAAAGAUUCUUGGCAACAGCAUCCUUUCUAGUGCUGGUGCUACAAUAGAACUUGCUCACUACACUCUCUGAAGUGAUGUUUUGUGAUGGAGCCUCAAGCUGGAACAUUCAAGAACUGCUCUGAUUCAUCGAGUUAUACAGAAACUCUGAACAAGAAAGAACUGGCUCAAUCUGUGAAAACAUGUCCAGCCAUGUCGGGAAUAUUACCUUGCUUAGAAACGUGUGAGAACCAGCCACGUAGUGUAACUGGCUAUAGAAAAUCUUUCUCAAACUCCAUCCAACCCAUGUGAGCAGUGGACAAUGAGAAUGAUGACGUAUAUAUGUAUGUAUGUGUAAUUUAUUGUUUCAUUACAGUAUGAUCAACAAUGAAUGUACUCCAUCUAGUGAGAGAUAGAUAUCAUUUAAUGUACACAGUAGCUCUUAUCUUUAUAUUGUGUACAUUAAUGAUAUAUGUACAUGUGUAUCUAUAUAUGUGCGUAUGUGUAUCUCUCUUUCUCUCUAUAUAUAUAUAUUUUUUACAUACGUAUGUAUCUUUCUCUCACACACAUCAAUCUUUGUUGAUUCACCAAGGAAUAUUAAAUUACAGGACUCCGUAUGUAAGUGUUAAUUAUUCUUUAAUGGCUCUAGAUUGACAGUUUUAUGUUUUCCUGCCCUCUCCACUGCUAAUCUGACCCUGUUGCUUCUUAAAUUAUCUAAUGUUUGAAUAUAUAUGUUAAAAUAUUAUUAUACAAAUGCCAUUGAAAAAUGUUUAUUUCUAUAUUUUUUUUUAAUGUCAUCUAAUUAAUAUAGCUGUUUCAAGCUUGCAUCUUCCAUUUCAUUUCUGGUAUUCAUGGGAAUAUGAAAAUAUUCCAAAUCUAUUUGCUGUUUAAACAUUUUCUUUUUUUAAACCACUCACUUUGACACAAAUGCUUUUUACUAAAGCAAUCUGAAAAGGAGGCUGAAACAUAUAUAACGAUGCUAACAAUUCGUUUUUUUUUUUCUUUCUGAGUGCUAAAGGAUUAGCACCACAAUUUUUAUUUGUACUUUGUCUGCAAUCAGCCAAAUAAUUUAAAAUUCAUUAAAGACUUGUCUCAUGUAAGCACUCUUCAAAUUUCAAGAAAACCAUAGCACAUUUUUCAUCAGGGCUGACAAAUAAAUAUGAAUUUUUAUAAUACUAAUUUUUGGUUUCCCCAAUAAAUACUUGUGGUUCAU